UCUCCGUGCUUUUCACAGUCGCUUCAAGUCUCAGCAUCACUACCUCACCCUCACUCUCUCUUCCCACCUUCUUCUCCGAACCUAGGGUUUCCUCUUCGCCGCGUUCUCCGGGACGAGAUCACGAUCAGGGAGGUUGUCUCCGAUUUCCUUUGCGGUAUUAGGGUUUUGAGCUUCCGUUUUCACUUGGUUUUGUGUGUUUUGAUGGGAUUUAUGGUGGGGAAGAGGUGUUGGUGGGUGUAGAGGGAGGAGGAGGAUGUCGGCGUCGAGGAGGGGGGCGGAUCAGCCGCCGCAGAGGCGGAUUCUACGGACACAGACUGCUGGGAACUUGGGAGACUCGAUCUUUGAUAGUGAGGUUGUUCCUUCGUCUCUGAAUGAGAUCGCUCCCAUCCUUCGUGUGGCUAAUGAGGUCGAGUCUAGCAAUCCUCGGGUUGCUUAUCUAUGUCGUUUUUAUGCGUUCGAGAAGGCCCAUCGUUUGGAUCCCACCUCGAGCGGUCGUGGUGUUCGUCAAUUCAAAACUGCGCUUUUGCAAAGGCUGGAAAGGGAGAAUGACCCAACUUUGAAGGGAAGGGUUAAAAAAAGCGAUGCAAGAGAAAUGCAGAGUUUUUAUACUCAUUAUUACAAAAAGUAUAUCCAAGCUCUCCAAAAUGCUGCAGAUAAAGCUGAUCGUGCCCAACUCACAAAAGCUUAUCAAACUGCUGCAGUCUUAUUCGAAGUUCUAAAAGCUGUCAAUCUGAACCAAUCAGUGGAAGUUGAUCAUGAGAUAUCGGAAAUUCAUAACAAAGUUGAAGAGAAGACAAAGAUCUAUGUGCCUUACAACAUUCUUCCGCUUGAUCCAGAUAGUGCGAAUCAAGCUAUCAUGCGCUAUCCAGAGAUUCAAGCUGCUGUUUCCGCUCUUCGUAAUACAAGGGGGCUUCCAUGGCCAAAGGACCAUAUUCAAAAUGUUGAUGAAGACCUUCUUGAUUGGCUUCGAGCUAUGUUUGGAUUUCAGAAAGAUAAUGUUGCCAAUCAAAGGGAGCACCUGAUUUUGUUACUUGCAAAUGUUCACAUACGCCAAUUUCCAAAGCCUGACCAACAACCCAAGUUGGAUGAUCGUGCAUUAACUGAGGUCAUGAAAAAGUUAUUUAAGAACUACAAGAAGUGGUGCAAAUAUUUGGACCGGAAAAGCAGUCUCUGGUUGCCAACUAUACAACAAGAAGUGCAACAACGGAAGCUACUAUAUAUGGGCCUUUACCUUCUAAUUUGGGGUGAAGCUGCAAACUUGCGGUUCAUGCCAGAAUGUCUUUGCUACAUCUAUCAUCACAUGGCAUUUGAACUAUAUGGUAUGUUAGCUGGAAAUGUGAGCCCAAUGACUGGUGAGAAUAUAAAACCAGCAUAUGGGGGUGAUGAAGAAGCUUUUCUCAGAAGAGUUGUAACUCCGAUUUACAAGGUUAUAGCAAAGGAAGCUGAAAGAAGUAAGCUAGAAAAGUCCAAGCAUUCUCAGUGGAGGAAUUAUGAUGAUUUAAAUGAAUAUUUCUGGUCAGUUGAUUGCUUUCGUUUAGGUUGGCCGAUGCGAGUUGAUGCUGAUUUCUUCUGUCAGCCACAUGCUUCCCAACAGGAAUCAAGUUGGCGUGAAAACAGUGAGGAUCACAAGCCACAAAUUGGAGAAUGGACUGGGAAGAUAAAUUUUGUUGAAAUACGCUCAUUUUGGCACAUUUUUCGCAGUUUUGACAGAAUGUGGAGUUUCUUCAUCUUAUCCUUACAGGCUAUGAUUAUUCUUUCUUGGAAUGGUGGAUCACCAAGUGACAUCUUCGAUUCUGGUGUCUUUAAGAAGGUUUUGAGCAUUUUCAUAACUGCAGCAAUUCUAAAGCUUGGACAAGCUGUCCUUGAUGUUAUCCUGAGCUGGAAAGCGAGGAGGAGUAUGGCCUUGUCUGUAAAGUUGAGAUAUAUUUUGAAGGUUAUCUCGGCUGCAGCAUGGGUGGUAAUUUUGCCAGUAACAUAUGCAUAUACAUCAGAAAAUCCGACUGGAUUUGCAAGGACUAUCAAAAGCUGGAUUGGCAAUGGCCAGAAUCAACCCUCUCUAUACAUUAUGGCAGUGGCUAUAUAUUUGGCACCGAAUAUGCUUGCUGCUAUAUUAUUUCUGUUUCCCUUCUUGCGGCGUUUUCUUGAAAGGUCAAAUAACAAAAUUAUAAUGCUGAUUAUGUGGUGGUCACAGCCUCGUCUUUAUGUUGGGAGGGGAAUGCAUGAAAGCUCAUGGUCACUUUUCAAGUACACAAUGUUCUGGGUACUCCUUAUAGUUACAAAGUUGGCAUUAAGCUACUAUAUUGAGAUUAAACCUCUUGUUGGUCCAACAAAAGUUAUUAUGGAAAAUCCUAUCAGAAAAUUCAGUUGGCAUGAGUUUUUCCCUCAAGCCAAGAACAAUAUUGGUGUUGUGAUUGCUCUUUGGUCUCCUAUCAUACUUGUAUAUUUUAUGGAUACCCAGAUUUGGUAUGCAAUUUUCUCCACACUUGUUGGUGGCAUUUAUGGGGCCUGUCGUCGUCUUGGAGAGAUCCGAACAUUAGGAAUGUUGCGAUCUCGUUUUGAAUCGUUGCCGGGAGCUUUUAAUGCAAGGUUGAUUCCAUUGGAGAGGCCCGAUAUUGAAAAAAGGAGAGGAUUUCGAGACUCUCUAUCUAGCAAAGUUCCAAAGACUUCAAAUGACAACAAGGAUAAAGAAGCAGCUAAGUUUGCUCAAAUGUGGAACAAAAUAAUUUCUAGUUUUCGGGAUGAAGAUCUUAUAAACAACAGGGAAAAGGACUUGUUGCUUGUCCCAUAUUGGGCAGACAGAGAAUUGGGCCUCAUCCAGUGGCCUCCUUUCUUAUUAGCUAGCAAGAUUCCAAUAGCAUUGGAUAUGGCGAAAGAUAGCAAUGGAAAAGAUUAUGAGUUGAAGAAGAGGAUCAACUCAGACAGCUACAUGCUUUGUGCGGUUCAAGAGUGCUAUCGAUCAUUCAAGAACAUUAUCAAACGCCUAGUUACGAGUGGCCGUGAAAAAAAGGUGAUAGAUCAAAUAUUUGAUGUGGUUGAUGGUCAUAUAGAAAAUGACACUUUAUUCACUGGAUUAAAGAUGCAUGCUCUUCCUGUCCUCCAUGGUCACUUUGUCAAGCUGAUCAAAUUUUUGUUGGAGAAUAAAGAGGAAGAUGGAAGGCAUGUUGUUAUUCUUUUCCAAGACAUGCUGGAGGUGGUGACAAGGGAUAUAAUGGAGGGAGUCGAGGGACAAUUUGCUACUCUUCUAGAUUCUGUUCAUGGAAGUUCAAAUGGAGGACAUGAGGGAAUGACUCCUUUGGAUCAACAAGUUCAGUUAUUUGCAUCAGCUGGAGCUAUCAAAUUUCCUUAUCCUGAAUCAGAUGCUUGGACGGAAAAGAUCAAAAGGCUAAACCUUUUACUCACAGUGAAGGAGUCUGCUAUGGAUGUUCCAUCUAAUCUUGAAGCCAGAAGGCGUAUUUCUUUCUUCUCUAACUCUCUGUUUAUGAAUAUGCCCAGUGCGCCAAAAGUGCGCAACAUGCUGUCCUUCUCUGUGUUGACUCCCUACUACAAAGAGGAUGUUCUUUUUUCUCUAGACCAUCUUGAGGAGACUAAUGAAGAUGGGGUCUCCAUUCUCUUUUAUUUGCAGAAAAUUUACCCAGAUGAAUGGACCAACUUUCUGGAGCGGGUGGAAUGCAAAUCAGAAGAAGAACUUCGGCUUACUCCUGAGCUGGAGGAGGAGCUUCGUCUUUGGGCAUCAUACAGGGGCCAAACUUUAACAAGAACUGUCAGAGGUAUGAUGUACUAUCGAAAAGCUUUGGAACUUCAAUCUUUUCUUGAUAUGGCUAAAGAAGAAGAUCUAUUGGAUGGUUAUAAGGCUGUUGAGUUAACAUCAGAAGAAAAUUCAAAAGUAGAGAGGUCUUUAUGGGCUCAGUGCCAAGCUGUCGCUGACAUGAAAUUCACUUACGUGGUAUCUUGCCAGCAGUAUGGAAUUGACAAGCGAUCUGGUGAUUUACGUGCACAGGAUAUUUUGAAACUAAUGACAACAUAUUCAUCCUUACGUGUAGCUUAUAUCGAUGAAGUUGAGGCACCUAGCAAAGAUAAAUCCAGCAAAAGCGAGAAGGUUUAUUACUCUGCCUUGGUAAAGGCCGCCCUAGCAAAGCCUGAUAAUCCUGCUGAAUCUGUUCAAAACCUUGAUCAGGUUAUUUAUCGGAUAAAGCUUCCAGGACCUGCUAUUCUGGGAGAAGGAAAGCCUGAAAAUCAGAAUCAUGCUAUUAUUUUUACACGUGGGGAAGGUCUGCAGACUAUAGACAUGAACCAGGAUAACUACAUGGAAGAGGCUUUUAAAAUGAGAAAUUUGCUGCAAGAAUUUCUUAAAAAACACGAUGGUGUGCGAUAUCCAUCAAUUCUUGGAGUUAGGGAGCACAUAUUUACGGGAAGUGUGUCUUCACUAGCAUGGUUCAUGUCAAAUCAGGAGACAAGUUUUGUUACUAUUGGUCAGCGGUUGUUAGCGAAUCCUUUGCGAGUCCGAUUCCACUAUGGCCAUCCAGAUGUCUUCGACAGGCUUUUCCAUCUCACUCGUGGUGGUGUUUCAAAAGCAUCUAAAAUCAUUAACUUGAGCGAGGACAUUUUUGCAGGUUUCAAUUCGACUCUUCGUGAAGGGAAUGUUACACAUCAUGAAUAUAUGCAAGUUGGUAAGGGAAGAGAUGUGGGUCUUAAUCAAAUCUCUCUUUUUGAGGCAAAGAUUGCCAAUGGAAAUGGAGAGCAGACACUUAGUCGUGACAUCUACAGGCUUGGGCAUCGGUUUGAUUUCUUUAGGAUGCUAUCAUGCUAUUUUACUACUGUUGGUUUCUACUUCAGCACUCUGGUAACUGUUCUUACAGUUUACAUAUUCUUAUAUGGACGACUCUAUCUCGUCCUUAGUGGGCUAGAAGAAGGGCUGGCAUCUAAUAGAAAAUUCAUCCAUGAUAAGCCUCUUCAAGUUGCUCUUGCCUCCCAGUCUUUUGUGCAGCUUGGAUUUCUGAUGGCCCUGCCUAUGAUGAUGGAAAUUGGCCUUGAAAGAGGAUUCCGCACUGCAUUGAGUGAAUUCAUACUGAUGCAGUUGCAAUUAGCCUCUGUAUUUUUUACAUUUUCUCUAGGAACUAAGACUCACUAUUAUGGAAGGACUUUGCUUCAUGGUGGUGCUGAAUAUAGAGCGACUGGUCGUGGGUUUGUGGUCUUCCAUGCUAAAUUUGCUGACAAUUACAGGUUCUACUCUCGCAGUCAUUUUAUCAAGGGAAUUGAACUCCUGAUUUUGCUUGUUGUGUACCAAAUAUUUGGUCAGUCAUACAGAUCUGUAGUUGGUUACCUCUUUAUCACUGUUUCUAUGUGGUUUUUGGUUGGAACCUGGCUUUUUGCUCCUUUCCUGUUCAAUCCCUCGGGCUUUGAAUGGCAAAAGAUUGUUGAUGACUGGAGUGAUUGGAAUAAGUGGAUCAGCAACCGUGGAGGCAUUGGUGUGCUACCAGAGAAAAGCUGGGAAUCAUGGUGGGAGAAAGAGCAAGAACAUCUUAAAUACUCUGGUAUCCGUGGGAUCAUUUGUGAGAUAGCUCUUGCAUUGCGCUUUUUCCUUUACCAGUAUGGUCUUGUCUAUCAUCUGAACAUGACAAAUGAUAAAAGUGUGCUGGUUUAUGGUGUAUCAUGGCUUGUCAUUUUUGCAAUACUACUUGUCAUGAAGACAGUGUCAGUAGGAAGGCGAAAGUUCAGUGCCAAUUUUCAGCUUGUUUUCCGGCUAAUCAAGGGCCUCAUUUUUAUUACUUUUGUUGCCAUUCUGAUCAUUUUAAUAGCCAUUGCACACAUGACACUGCGAGAUAUCAUUGUAUGUUUCCUCGCAUUCAUGCCUACAGGAUGGGGACUUCUUCUGAUUGCGCAAGCUUGUCGACCUCUAGUUAAUCGUGCGGGCAUCUGGGGUUCAGUGAAGGCACUUGCUCGAGGCUAUGAAAUCAUAAUGGGUCUUCUGCUCUUCACUCCAAUCGCCUUCUUAGCUUGGUUCCCAUUUGUUUCUGAAUUCCAAACUCGCAUGCUUUUCAAUCAGGCAUUCAGCAGAGGUCUCCAAAUUUCUCGUAUUCUCGGUGGGCCAAAGAAGGACCGUGCUUCUCGGAACAAGGAGUAAAAUGCUUCUUUUAAUUAUCGAUUACGAAUUCAUUUUGAUUGUUAGCAGACUCUUUGUUUGUCUAUAUGUUUUCUUUGUUUAUUUCGUGUACAAGAUGCUUUAUGUAUCACAUGCAGUGAUUAUGAUCUGUAUAGGCAGAGCAGUCUGGUUGACGCUGUUUUUUUGCUUUUCUUACCACCCCA